AUGAGCGACUGGACUCCAAGUUCCUGGACGAAUAAGCCCAUCAAACAGGAUGUGGUCUAUGAAGAUGCUCAGGGCGUCAAGGCCGCUCUAGAAAAGCUGCAAAAGCUGCCUCCCCUGGUGACCACACAGGAGAUUAAUAAUCUCAAGAAGAGCUUGGAGAAUGUCGCACUUGGAAAAGCUUUCGUUCUUCAGGGCGGCGACUGCGCCGAACUGUUUGACUACUGUAACCAGGAUAUGAUUGAAGCCAAGGUCAAGCUCUUGCUACAAAUGAGCUUGGUAUUAAUCUGGGGAGCCAACAAACCAGUGAUUCGUAUUGCACGAAUCGCGGGACAAUUUGCCAAGCCGCGCUCAAGCUCUACUGAAGUUGUCAAUGGAGUCGAGAUGCCCUCUUUCAGAGGAGACAACAUCAAUGGCUUCGCCGCCGAUGCCGAGUCAAGGAAACCGGACCCGACCAGACUUGUUUCCGCUUACUUCCACUCAGCUGCAACCCUCAACUACCUGCGAGCAUCCCUUUCUUCGGGACUUGCAGAUCUACACUCCCCUCUGGAUUGGGGCCUCGGCCAUGUCAUUACCCCGGCAAUCAAAGAACAAUACUCCAAAAUCGUCAAUGCGGUUAAAGAUGCAUUACGGUUCAUGCGCACAGUUGGCAUCGACAACGACCGGGGUGUCGAAACAGCAGAAAUUUACACUAGUCAUGAGGGUCUCUCACUAGAGUAUGAGCAAACAUUGACUCGACUACUCAAGCACCCCUCCAAAACUAACCUAGGAACAACUGCCCAGUCUGGGUCCGGUUUCUACGCAACAUCCGCACACUUCCUUUGGAUCGGCGACCGGACAAGACAGCUUGACGGCGCACACGUGGAAUUCUUCCGCGGUAUUGCCAAUCCCAUUGGAAUCAAGAUCGGGCCAUCUAUGGCCACAGAUGAAUUAGUGCGCCUUCUGGAUAUCGUAAAUCCGAACAAAGAGAUCGGCAAGGUCACUUUGAUCUCACGUUACGGUGCGGCCAAGAUUGGCCAGUUCCUCCCGGGCCAUAUUGCCGCUGUUCAGGCUUCUGGUCAUACCCCUGUGUGGCAGUGUGAUCCCAUGCACGGCAACACGCAGGCGACUCCGUCGGGUGUCAAGACCCGCCACUUCAAGGACAUCCUAUCCGAGCUGAAGCAAGCACUGGAGAUCCACCGUGCAGCGGGAUCGUUCCUCGGUGGCAUGCAUCUUGAGUUAACUGGAGAGGCAGUGACCGAGUGUGUUGGUGGUGCGGCUGGCUUGACUGAGGAUGGACUCGGGGAGCGGUAUACGACUUUCUGUGAUCCGCGACUCAAUGAGAAGCAGGCCCUGGAGCUUGCCUUCCUCGUCGCGGGAUUCUAUCGUGAAGAGUCGGAAGAGUAA